CAGUUACUUCUGCACCAACAUUCAGCUUUGGACAAAGUUUUGCUGCAGCAGUGAGAAAAACAAUGAGUGAAGAUGAGAAGAGUGAGCCAAGCACAGCAUCCAGUCCUGCAAAAGCUUCAGUGAGAUCCAGCGACCAAGGUUAUUACCCAGAGGAAGAACGGGACGAUCUGCAGUUUGAGCCUGUUGUCACGCUGAAAGAAAUUGAAGUUAAAACUGGUGAAGAGGAAGAAGAACAGUUAUUCUGCCAGCGUGCGAAACUGUACCGCUGGAAUCGUGAGACGGCACAGUGGAAAGAGCGUGGGGUUGGUGAGAUCAAGAUCCUGAAGCACAAGGUUCUAAAUCGCUGCCGUGUAGUAAUGAGGAGAGAUCAAGUGCUGAAGAUCUGUGCCAACCACAUAAUCACGCCGGAGAUGGAACUGAAACCAAAUGCUGGAUCAGACAGAUCUCUCGUCUGGAAUGCCAUGGAUGCAUCAGACAUGGAACCUCAGCUGGAACAGCUUGCUGUCAAAUUCAAAACUCCUGCUAUUACUGCAGGUUUCAAGGCAGUCUUUGAAAAAUGUCAAGGCAGUUAAAGUAAGAGAAGUAGUUUUU